UAGUAGAGACUAGAGUACUAAAUUGUUAUUGUUAUUGUUGGGUUGUUGCUUGAUCAAUUCAUAUCUUUGCCUUUUGGCAGCUUCUUUUUCCUUGUUUGUGAAACAAUUUUUAAGGCCCGUUUCUCCAGUUUACACUUUCACGUGCUAUUUUGGGCAUAUGAGGUCUGAGGGGGGACCAAAGAAUGUUGCAGGGUACAAAAGUUUAAAUCCACUCCAAACUACUCUCGAAGUUACUCUACGCCUCUUUAUAAAUAGCUCUUAUUUAGUAUGGAGAAACAAAUUAACAUUAUAUUCUAGAGACAUAAUGACUAAUUUUAAAUAUUUAAAUUUUAAUUUCAAAUAAAAAACUUUAUUAGUUAGGGGUUAAUUGAUUUCAUUCACCGUGAAUAAGUCAAUAUACGAUUUUUGACCAUUUGAUUUUUUUAGUAACUUAUUACUAUGAAUUUUGAAUUUGAUAUUUCGAAAAUAUACACUAGACAUAUUUACAACAUUUUAUUUAAUACCUUUUCUUUUUUAGGGGAUAUAACAUCUUUUUUUGUUAAAGAGUACACUAUUCAGAUCUUAACUCUCACAAUAUUUUGGUCUAACAUUUGCGAGAUAGGUGCUUGAGAGUAUGGGGAAAGAUAACGGGAUCUUUAUACCCAAACAUCACACUUGACAUGAUUCAAACCCAAGACCUGAUUCAAACCCAAGACCUGUAGGAUCUUAAGUGAGAGUGACGCAGUCGGAAUUAUCAAAGGAAAAGCAAGAGCAAUUUUUAAAACAAACUAACAGAUAGAUUUACAAGCGAUAAAUCUGUAAAACUCUGUAAUCCACUAGAAAAGAGUUAAAACUAUAAGAUAUUAUUAUUAGAAGAAAAACUGGCUUCUAAUGACGGCUAAUAAUGUUUAAAAAGUCAAAACAAAAACCAUAAUACAAAAUUAGAAAAUAAUAAAAUCCUAAAAUAAUUAAAAUGUUGUUUUCGGGAUCUAAACAAAUUAAGAUGGCCCGUCUUCUUUUUCAAAAAGGUGUUUUGUUAAGCAUUCCGACUCUGGAACCUGACUACUAGAAAUCAUUUCAAGCUUUUUUGACAAACUUUUUUAUCGAGCUUUUCCGCUAACCUUUCUAUGUCAAAGAAUCUUAGUGAAUAGUGAGUAACCAAAUACUCUUUGGUUAUACCAUUUGUUUUUGUAUGUUAGUAAAAAAUAUGCUUAUAGGGGUAUGUAUAUUUAGUGUGAAAAGUCAAAGAGAGAGUAUGUGGCAGUUUAAAAACUUACCCAAAACAAAUAGACCUAGGGGAUUCCAUCUUCUCUCCAAUUCCUUUGAGAGCAACGUUGUAAUUGUUGCUGUUUGUUUUAUUUUCGAGGGGAGUGAAGUGUUGCAAUCUAGAGAAUAAUACAAAGGUCUCCCUAUAUAAUAGGUUGUGCCUAUUAUGUAAGGUCUAAACCUAAUUUAUUCUGUAGUCUUCUGGCAGAAUAUAAGUUACCAGCCUUACAAUUCAUUGAUAGAUAAGCAAACAGGGUUUAAAGUCUGCAGCUUAGAUCUUAGCUAGCCCCUUCUACCAGUCACAUUAGACCUCCAUUAAAGCUUGGUUGUGGUCUUGUCACUAUCAACACCUAAUUAGUUACGUGUGUUGCUACUUGAUGUUUCCCAUCUUUCUCUUCUUUCAUGGUUCUAAUGCAAAUGGUUGAUAACAAGAAAUGCCACGCUAUAUAUUUUAAGCCCCAUAAUCUUGUUUGGACUACUUGGCCAAAGUGUUUUUGUCAGGGUGCUGGGUUUUUUAAAGUUGACAUUUUGUGUACGAAAGGGGAGUAAGCUGCCUAAUUAAAAUAAAGGAUAUGGCAUUGAAAUUUUCUGGUGCUUAUAAACAGUGUAAGCCAUGCCCAACCUCAGGUGAUUUUAAGAAAGGUGAGAGGUCAUACGUGGAAUAUGAUUCGGCUUCAGAAGGGGGGCGGUACUCUUACAUGCAACCUGGAAGCUCAAGCUCAACGCCUGCAUGGGAUUUUACUAGCAGCUCACACCAUCAUCGCGGUGUAAGAUCACACUCGAGGUUUGCGGGUGGAUAUGGUGGCGAUAGGACUCCUAUUGGACGAGACUCUAUUGCUGCUAGUGAUUUGGUGAUAGAAGAUGAGGAUGAACCGAAAGAAUGGAUGGCGCAGGUGGAGCCUGGCGUGCAUAUUACAUUUGUUUCGCUUCCUAAUGGAGGGAAUGAUUUGAAGCGAAUUCGAUUCAGCCGAGAUUUGUUCAACAAAUGGCAAGCUCAAAGAUGGUGGGGUGAAAAUUAUGACAGAAUCAUGGAACUCUACAAUGUCCAAAGAUUCAAUAGACAAGCUCUUCAGACUCCAGCAAGAUCAGAUGAUGAGGCUAGAGAUUCCACUUACACUAGAGUUGGAUCAGUAAUGGAGAGUCCUAUGACUAACAAGGAAUGGAUACCCAGAAAUUAUUACCAACCUGCUAGUAAAUCAUUUUUCCCUCCUGACCAUUCAGAACAAGGUUACAAUGCAGGAGCCAGUGCUUAUAGCAUGGGAACUCCGAAUAUGGAUCCAUCACGAACAACCACCUCAUCUCGAGAUGAUGUCUCAGUUAGCAAUGCGAGUGAAUUGGAAACAGAAUGGGUUGAGCAAGAUGAGCCAGGGGUGUAUAUUACCAUUAGACAGCUAGCAGAUGGUACUAGAGAACUCCGGCGUGUCAGAUUCAGCCGCGAAAAAUUCGGUGAAGUACAUGCAAAGCAAUGGUGGGAGCAGAAUAGAGAGAGGAUACAAACUCAGUACCUAUAACUUAUUUUUCUUUUUUACCUUUCAUUAAAAAUUUUCCCCUACUUGGAGAGUUCAGUCAAAAUUGGCUUAUAUUGGUAUUGAUCGGAAAAACUAGUAUUGCCAAAGAUAUGGGAUUCCCAGCUACAUUACAAAUCUCACAGAGAAGCAUGUUUAUAUUACAUAUUUUUAGAGCAGUUGAAAUCUGAGGUCUUCUCUUUGUAGUGUGACUCACAGGUUUUGGGGUGUUCCCUUCACCUGGAGAGUUUAAGAUUUAAGUAACUGGGGGUAUUAUGGUGUUUUAUAAUGCCCCCCUAUUUUUCUUAUUUUUUAUUUCUUUAUUUUUCUUUUGUAUCUCUUUCACUUGAUACACCAUCAUUUCUGAAGAUUCUUUCAUUCUUUUAUA